ACACACUCACACUCAGGAAACGGAAGUAGCAUGACAUUUCACUUUAUGUAUAGCUUUUAAGACAGACAUAGCAUUGUGGUUAAUGGGGCUCGAUGGCUUUUGCAGUCACAACGGUUCCGAUCCAUUCUGGGAUUGGAACCGGACAUGGUACACUCCUAACCCAGACCUGACCCAGUGUUUCCAGAACACAGUGCUGGUGUGGGUCCCCUGUAUCUACCUCUGGGUGUGUGCACCCCUGUAUUGCCUAUACCUCCGCAGCCAAAGUAGUGGGUACAUCCGCAUGUCCCAUCUCAUCAGGGCCAAAACUGUUUUUGGGUUCUUGCUGUGGAUUAUCUGCUGGGCAGAUGCUUUCUACUCUUUCUGGGAAAGAAGCCACGGUACAUCCCUAGCGCCCGUCUACUUGAUCAGCCCCAUGCUGCUGGGAGUCACAAUGUUGCUGGCCGUAUUUCUCAUACAGUAUGAGAGGAUUAAGGGGGUCCAGUCUUCUGGGGUGAUGCUGAUUUUCUGGCUGAUCGCGGUGGUCUGUGCUGGUGUCACUUUCUGCUCCAAGAUCAGGCAGGCUCUCAGUGAGGUGUCUAGUGUCAGUGUGUUUCGCUACACCACCUUUUAUACAUACUGCUUUCUCCUGCUGGUCCAGCUGACCCUCGCCUGUCUCACUGACCAGAUGCCACUGUUCUCUGAGGCUGUGAAAGACUCUAACCCUUGUCCAGAAUUAAGUGCUUCAUUUCUGUCUAAGAUCACGUUCUGGUGGAUCACUGGAUUGAUGACUCUGGGCUACAAGCGCCCCCUGGAGGAGCGUGACCUCUGGUCCCUCAGUGAGGAAGACAAGUCUCAGGGGGUUGUUGCCAAGCUGGUUCGGAGCUGGCAGCGCGAGUGUGCAAAGAUCAAGAGGCCAUUAAAGUUGGUGUACUCUCCAAAGCAUACAGCCAAGAGGGAGGCCAGAGAGAAGAACGAACAGCCGGUGGAUGAGGCAGAGGUCCUCCUAGUGAAGAAAACCCAGAAGGGCAGAGAGCCAUCCCUCUUGCUGGCUAUGUGCCAUACCUUUGGCCCCUACUUUUUGAUCAGCUUCCUCUAUAAGUUCAUGCACGACAUCCUCAUGUUCGUUGGGCCUGAGAUUCUCAAGCAGCUGAUCCACUUUGUAAAGGACUCCAGUGCCCCCUACUGGCAGGGCUUUUUCUACACGGCACUGCUGUUCAUCUGUGCCUGCCUGCAGACUUUGAUCCUGCAGAAAUACUUCCAUGUGUGCUUCAUGACGGGCAUGAGGCUGCGCACCUCUAUCGUGGGGGCUGUCUACAGAAAGGCUCUGAUCAUCACUAAUGCUGCCCGCCGCACCUCCACGGUGGGGGAGAUUGUGAAUCUGAUGUCGGUGGAUGCCCAGCGACUUGUGGACCUGAUGACCUACAUCAACAUGAUCUGGUCAGCUCCUCUGCAGGUGGUCCUGGCUCUCUACUUCCUUUGGCAGAAUCUGGGCCCCUCUGUGCUGGCAGGUGUGGCAGUGAUGGUACUGAUGGUGCCAGUGAAUGCAAUGAUGGCCAUGAAGACCAAGACCUACCAGGUGAGGCUUUCUACUCUUCAUCUCUGUGAAGAUAAUUUUAAUGCAGCUCUUUUUAAACAAGACAGAAAUACACCACCAAAGAGACUCAGUGCACACAGCCCUGUCCUGUUUUAGUGGUAGCUAUAUUAAGA